GUGGCCGUCCCCACCGACACGCUGUACGGCCUGGCCUGCUCGGCGAGCUGCUCAGCGGCCCUGGAAGAUGUGUACCGCCUCAAGGGCCGCAGCGAGGUGAAGCCGCUGGCCGUCUGCCUGGGCCGCGUGGCCGACGUCUACAGGUACUGCCACGUGAGAGUCCCCGAAGGGCUCCUAAAAGACCUUUUGCCAGGACCAGUCACCCUGGUGAUGGAACGCUCCGAGGGGCUCAACAAGGACCUGAACCCUUUCACCCCCCUUGUGGGCAUCAGGAUUCCUGACCACGCCUUCAUGCAGGACUUGGCCCGGGUCUUUGGGGGCCCGCUUGCACUCACCAGUGCCAACCUCAGUUCCCAGCCCAGUUCUCUGAAUGUCGAGGAGUUCCAAGAUCUUUGGCCACAGUUGUCCCUGGUCAUUGACGGGGGACCACUUGGAGAUGGCCAGAGCCCUGAGUACCGCCUCGGCUCAACGGUGGUCGACUUGUCUGUGCCUGGGAAGUUUGGCAUCAUUCGUCCAGGCUGUGCCUUGGAAAGUACCAUGGGCCUCCUCCAACAGAAGUAUGGGCUGCUCCCCUCCGAUGGACCCUGCUCGUGAGACUUGGGAAGAGGGAAGCCCAAGGGUAGUUCUGGACACUGUGUGUCUGUCCCCUGGUGGCUGGCAAGGCCUCGUUGGCAGAGGCCACUAGAACUACAGCACUAGCCUCACCGCUUCAAGCGGGAUUCGUGUCGAACACUAUAAACCAGACUCCGGAAGUUACUGGAUUAGCUUUACAAAAGAGAUGAUUAUAUUUAUUAUCUUCAGUUACAUAUUUCACUCAAAACUGGAAAAUAAAGAUUUAAAACCUGUAUAGGGAGGCCUUUUUGUCCUGGUUUUUUCUUUUUCCCAAAAAAAAAAAAAAUUUAAAUAGAAUUUGAAAUCUAAUGAGCGCCGCCUCCGUGGUGGGUGGUAGUGUCUUAAGGACCAAGCCAGCUAAGAGGAGUUGGUGCUGUUUACAAGUUCCAGGUGACCAAAGCCAUGGAAUUGGCUCGUGAAACUGGAAGUCAGGCUAUGAUGAAGCUGGAGCACCGGGCCAAACCUCCUUUCCUUGGAAAGGGAGGGGGAGUGCUACUCCCACUUCCUGGGUUGCCACCAGACAGGGUCACUCUUACAAUCCAGUGGUCUGCUCAGUUGGUGGGGGGGAUAGAGGAAUUCAAAUGAAAGAAUAUUGGAAAUUAAAUUUCUGCCAUCAUUUUCAGCCAAUGAGGAUUUUUUUUGUUUUUCCCUCUGAGCCAUAAACCAUGGUUUAUUGUAAAGGGAGCCUGGUGGUACAGUGCUGACCAAGAUGCGGUCAGGAAAAAUGUAGGUCCCCUGGGAAUGCACUGGCCAGGCUUGGGUCUUUCAAGGUUCACCAAGUCCAGAUCAACCCUUGUGACAACAGGUUUGAUAGGGGUUUGUACCUGUUAAUGCUUUAUUAAUGUACCAAUCCAGUAUAUUACUCAACAGCCGUUUACCUACACACGUAUACUAUGUGUCAAACGUUGUUGGGCAUUUAAUAUAAAACAACACUGCUGUUAAACAUU